UUAACUAAUCAAACAUAUACAGGAAAUAGAUUGUCAUCUGAUCAAUUAUUAAAUUACCCAACUUGUUAGUUCACUUACCUGUCCUGCCAUAAUCAAAAGUUUUGUGAAAAUUCAAGGGCAAAUUUAUAGUCUCACGGGUGUGUGUGUGUAUAUACACAUACAACAUAUUACUAUUUUUCACAUACUCAUUUGUUACUACUUCCCAUCCCAUUGAAAUCAGAGUUGAAGUUUGAAGUUGAAGGAAAGAAAACAUGUCUCUUGUUACUGAAGAAAUCAGAGCCAAGGCAGAGAUGUACCGUGGAGAUGAGAUAUGUAAAGAGAAAUCACAGCAGUUGCUGAAAGAGGUAGGUUUACCAAAUGGUUUGUUGCCAUUACAUGACAUUGAAGAAUGUGGCUAUGUGAGAGAGACAGGUUUUGUGUGGCUGAAACAAAAGAGAAGCAUAACCCACAAGUUUGAAAAGAUUGGAAAGCUUGUAAGUUAUGCAACUGAGGUCACAGCACUUGUUGAACCCAACAAGAUCAAGAAACUCACUGGGGUGAAGACCAAAGAGCUGUUAGUUUGGAUAACUCUGAGUGAUAUUUAUAUCAAUGAUCCAUCUAGUGGGAAGAUCACUUUUCAGACUCCUGCUGGGCUUAACAGGUCUUUCCCUGUUUCUGCUUUUCAGGUUGAAGAGAAAGAGAAGGAUGUGAAGGAGAUAGAAAAGAAGGAAUUGAAUGGAGCUGUGGCAGUGAAGGAUGUGUAAUAAGCGUCAUCUCAUUCUCUCUAGUGUUUUCUUCCUGUCCUCUUCCAUGUAUUACUCAUUAAAUAAGAAAGAAAAGAUGAUGAUUGAAUUUCAUAUGGUA